UGAUCCUGCAGGAGGCGCUGUGAGGCCCGAUGGCGCGGUUUCUCAUUCCCGGUCAGAGAGAUAUGAGCUUUUACACGAAUAAACCGAAAGAGCAGAUAUGAGAAGAGAGACGAGGAGCUGACAGCGGCGCUGAGACUGAAAGUGAGAUGGACGUGCGGAUCCCUGUAGACGAGGAGCUCAGCGAGUCUGAAGAGGAGCCGGUGACAGGUCUGUCUGCGUCUGAGUUCACCUGUCACUGCUGCUACCAGGUGCUGGUCGACCCAACCACGCUCACCUGCGGACACAGCUUCUGCAGACACUGCCUGGCCAACUGGUGGGCGUCCGCUCUGCCCCGCGUCCGCACCGACUGCCCAGAAUGCCGAGCGGUGUGGACGGACUUUCCCAAAGUCAACAUCCUGCUCCGGGAUGCGGUGGAGAAGCUGUUUCCCGCUGAAGUGAGCCGAAGGAAGCAGGCCAUCCUGAGUGAUCCGGGGUUCUGUCGUGUUCUCCAGGCCUUCCAGCAGCACGGGAAGAGACAGGCCCCUCAUGCAGCUCCACCACAGAACCCACAGCAGUUUAAUAUACUGAACCAACCACCGUUUAAUAUUUUGAAUCCACAACAGUUUGAUAUGUUGAAUCAACCGGAGUUGAACAUCAGAGAGUUUUGCGCUGGACUUAUGAUAGUACUGUGCUGCGUGGCCAUGGUGGUGUUAGUGUGGCGUGCGUUCAGUACCAGCUCCAGUCAUGAGGUGCUGCUCAGUAAACCGCUCAGCAGGUGGAACACUGAUGAUGUCACUCUGUGGGUGGAGCAUCUGAGUGUCUGGACCAGUCAGUAUAAAGAAACCUUCCGCAGGGAACAGAUCAACGGCAGAUUACUGUUCGCUCUCAGCGAUGAAGAUCUGUCUGCGGCUCCGUUCAGCAUCAGCAGUGAGUCUCACAGACGGAUCAUCCUGGAGGAGCUGCACAGACUCAAACAGCGCCGGGUCGCACCGAACCUCUGGCAGUACAAGGAGCUGAAUUUAGGGAAGACUCUGUUUCUGCAGUUGAGUUUGCACAGAUUUCCCCGGCUGACGCUGCUCUAUCUGUUCCUGUUUGAUUAUGGUGAUAUGUUCCUGCCCUUCAUUCACACCAGCUGCCCAGCGCAAACCACACAAGACAGCCUCAUUGACACGCCGCUGGACCGUCCGAGCUGGAGUCAGUGGGCGGAGUUUCUGCUGAUGUACUUCCUGUUGCCCUAUCAGCUGCUCUCUGCAUUCGCCUGGCACUUGUUAAGCGUUCAUUACUGGACGGCACGUGUCGUCAUGUUACACGCCGUGUUUCUGUCCGUGCUGGAUGUGCAUUUCUUUUGGACGCUGUUGAAGAGAGGAGAGAUAAGGACGCUCCCUAAGCGUGUUUGGCAGGAGGUGCUGGCAGUGAUGAUGAAGGAGUCUCUGUUUGUGCUGCUGUGGCCGCUGAUUCCUCUGUUCUUCUGUAACUUUAUAUUCUAUUACAAUCUGUACGUCUGCCCCUUCUACACUGCAGCGCUGGUCAAACGAACUCUCCUGCAGACAGACACACAACAGCAGAGGAUCUGAACACACAUUCACCAUACUGCGCUUACAUGAUACUCAGGUAUAUAGUAUAGUCGGGUUCAGACGCCUUUCACUGUCAUUGAAUUAACCCGUUUAUAUUCAUUGAUCUCUUCAGUCACCUGUUUGGGUGUUUGUUUCAUGCUGUUUAAGAGAAAUUAAUUAAAAUCAAUAAUUAUUUAUUUUUAUAUUAUGAUUCAGAUGAGUGUUAUAAUCUGGGGCAAAAUGGACAAAUAUUUUUUUAAUAAAAAGAGAAAGUUC